AUGUCGGACCGUGUAGCUCAGCUCGCCGCCCACCUCAACUACCCCAAGGGGUUGCUGGCCGGUCAGGUCGCCAUCAUCACGGGUAGCGGUCAGGGUAUCGGCGCCGAAGCCGCUCGCCUCUUUGCCAACGAGGGCGCCAAGGUCAUCAUCUCCGACAUUGACGCCGAAAAGGGCAAUGCCGUCGCAGAGAGCAUCAACAAGUCGGGCGGCCAAGCCAUCUGCGUGCCAGGCGACAUGCUAGACGCCGCCUACAUCGACACCCUCGUCAAGAAGGCCGCCGCCUUCGGCAACGGCAAGAUCCACCACAUCGUCAACAACGCCGGCUACACCUGGGACGGCGUGAUCCACAAAAUGUCCGACAAGCAGUGGGACACCAUCGUGGCCCUGCACGCCACCGCGCCCUUCCGCCUCGUGCGCGCCGCCGCCCCUUACUUCCGCGUCCGCGACGGCGAGAACCGCUCCGUCGUCAACAUCUCCUCCACCUCGGGCGUCCACGGCAACGCCGGCCAGGCCAACUACGCCCUCGCCAAGGCCGGCGUCGUCGGCCUCACCAAGACCAUCGCCCGCGAGUGGGGCCCUGCCUUUGGCGUCCGCGCCAACACCGUCGCCUUCGGCCACAUCAAGACCCGACUCACCGACGCCAAGGAGAAGGGCGCCUUCGUCACCGGGCCCGAUGGCCAGAAGAUCGCCCUGGGGAUCCCCACCGCCCAGCAGGCCGCUCCUGCUGGUGAGGAGCACGCCGACAUCCCCCUGCGGAGACCCGGUACUGCUACCGAGGCGGCGGCGAGUAUCCUGGCUGCCGCUAGCCCGUUGUUUAGCUACAUAACGGGACAGACUAUUAUGGUGACGGGUGGUCGGAAUAUGUAA